AUGAUGAGAGUUAUCGUCUACAAGCUCUUCGAUCUUUGCAGUCCCGAAAACAAAAAGACUAUUUUACCACUUGGCCACGGUGAUCCUGCUGUGUACCCUUGUUUCCGCACCUCCAUCCACGUCGAGAACGCCGUCGUUGAUGUCAUCCGCUCCGGCAAGGGUAACUCCUACGGCCCAGCCGCCGGAAUUCUCCCCGCCAGACAGGCGGUAGCUGACUAUGUGAACCGUGACUUGACGAACAAGGUAACGUCUAGCGAUAUAUAUAUGACCGUGGGAUGCAACCAAGGGACAGAAGCGGUGAUCCAUUCGCUGGCUCUACCAAAUGCUAACAUCCUUCUCCCACGGCCUAGUUACGCUCACUUCGAGGCUCGUUCCAUCUUCAGUGGACUUGAGGUCCGCAAGUACGAUCUCCUUCCCGAGCAAGAGUGGGACAUUGAUCUCCAAGGCAUCGAAGCCAUGGCAGAUGAGAACACUGUCGCUAUGGUUAUCAUUAACCCUAACAACCCUUGUGGAAAUGUCUAUUCUCAUGAUCAUCUCAAGAAGGUUGCGGAGAUGGCUAGGAAGCUGGGAAUAAUGGUGAUAGCUGAUGAAGUUUAUAGAGAGACAAUCUAUGGAGACAACCCUUUUGUUCCGAUGGGGGAGUUUUCUUUGAUAGCUCCGGUUAUCACUUUGGGUAGUAUAUCUAAAGGAUGGAUAGUUCCUGGUUGGAGAAUUGGUUGGAUCGCUUUGAAUGAUCCCAAAGGCAUUUUUAAGUCCACAGGGGUGGCUCAAUCAAUCCAACAGAAUAUUGACAUAAAUCCAGACGCUACCACAAUGUUUCAGUUUGCGCUUCCAGAGAUCCUGGAGAAGUCGAAUAAAGAGACGUUUGCAAAAAAGAACUUGAUACUGAAACAGAACGUGGAGUUGGUGUGUGAUAGGCUUAAUGACAUUCCUUGCGUGGUCUGCACCAAGAAACCUGAGUCAUGCACUUACUUAUUGGCAAAGCUGGAGCUUUCCUUGAUGGAUGACAUAGAGGAUGAUAUGGAUUUCUGUAUGAAGCUAGCUAAAGAAGAAAACCUAGUUUUGCUACCAGGAGUGGCUUUGGGAUUAAAGAACUGGAUAAGGAUAACGAUCGGAGUAGAACCUCAGAUGCUUGAGGAUGCACUUGAGAGGCUCAACGGCUUCUGCAAACGCUAUAUGAAGAAAACAGAAGCUUUGCUUCAAGAUCUGAAGCUCAAUGACGAUGGCGAAAUAUAGACACAACUCUUCUAUACACAACCAAAUAAAGAUGUGCACAGGUGAUGGGAAUAAUUAAGGAAUGCCACUAGGGUUUUUCUAUAAUUAUUGCAUUUUAAUUACGUUAGAUACCCUCAAGGAGGCUACUUGCCUCAUUUACCCCAAGAAACUUGAUUCAGUGGUACCAGUAUAUGUUAUAGCAUCAUCAAAUCAGUACAUGAUGAGACCCUAUCUAUU